GAAUUCAAUUUCACGAAUUAUGGUAAAUGAUAAAAAGCGUCGCUCGCGCUCGCGGGAACGUUUCAGGGACGAGCGUCAGCAACAGCAGAACGUUGGACAAAGGGAACGCGAGCGGGAACGACCACGCAACGACAGGGAGCCGCAACGUGGAGACAGACCAAGUGAUAGAGAGAGGGAGAGACGCCAGCGGCGUUCCCGUUCCCGUGAGGAUCGCAUCAGACGUCGCUCACCAGAUCGCCAGAGGCCCAGAGAUAACAAUGGGCCAGAUCGUGGUUCACGUGGUGAGCGCGGUGGCCCAGGGGGUGGACGCUCGGGAGAGCCGGAAAAGAGAGCCAAGCUGGAUGCGAGCGCCAGCACGGGCAAGCCAGACGGCAAGGAGGAUGAGGAAAUGCCCGAUGAGAAGCAGGACCACAAGCUAAAGAAGGAACCGCUCUCCCUGGAAGAGCUGCUGGACAAAAAGAAGCGCGAGGAGGAGGCCAGAGCCAAGCCUGUGUUCCUCACCAAGGAGCAGCGUGCCGCCGAGGCCAUUAAGCGUCGCCAGGAGGAGGUGGAGCGACUGCGUGCCGCUCAAGACGCCGCCCGAGAGCUAAUGUCAGCGCCCAGAGAGAUAAAUAUGUCCAUAGCCACAGCGCCAGCAACGGCAGCACCAUCGGCGCCCAUGCCACCGCCGCCGACGCGCCCAGAGAGACGUGAGCGUGGCAACAACAGAGGGGAUAGAGGAGGUGGCAACAACAACAACAACAGCAACAACAACAACAGUGGAAAUCAUGGCGGAGAUGGUGGGGGCGGUGGCGGAGGGGACCGCGAUAGGGACAACAAACGCGCCGAAGAUCUCACCCACAAGGACAAGGAAAAGGAGCUGGAGGCCAUACGCGAGCGUUACUUGGGCAUUGUCAAGAAGAAGCGACGCGUGCGUCGGCUCAACGAUCGCAAGUUCGUCUUCGACUGGGAUGCGGGCGAGGACACGUCCAUCGAUUACAACAAUCUGUACAAGGAGCGGCACCACGUGCAGUUCUUUGGUCGCGGCAACGUGGCGGGCAUCGACAUCAAGGAGCAGAAGCGCACGCAGAGUCAGUUCUAUGGGGAUCUGCUGGAGAAGCGGCGCACGGAGGCCGAGAAGGAGCAGGAGAAGGUGCGCUUGAAGAAGAUGAAGCGCAAGGAGGACAAGCAGAAGUGGGACGAUCGCCACUGGUCCGAGAAGGAGAACGAUGAGAUGACUGAGCGCGAUUGGCGCAUCUUCCGCGAGGACUACAACAUCACCAUCAAGGGCGGCCGCAUACCCAAUCCCAUACGCAGCUGGAACGAGUCCGGCUUCCCCCCGGAGAUCAUCGACAUCAUCGACAAGGUCGGCUACAAGGAGCCGACGCCCAUUCAGCGCCAGGCCAUACCCAUUGGCCUGCAGAAUCGCGACAUCAUUGGCGUGGCCGAGACGGGCUCCGGCAAGACGCUCGCCUUCCUCAUUCCCCUGCUCUCGUGGAUCCAGUCGCUGCCCAAGAUCGAGCGUCUCGAAGAUGUGGACCAGGGUCCGUAUGCCAUCAUCAUGGCGCCCACGCGUGAGCUGGCCCAACAGAUCGAGGAGGAGACCAUCAAGUUCGGCCAGCCGCUGGGCAUACGCACUGUGGUCGUGGUGGGCGGCCUGUCGCGCGAGGAGCAGGGCUUCCGCCUGCGUCUGGGCUGUGAGAUUGUCAUCGCCACGCCGGGUCGUCUCAUCGAUGUGCUGGAGAACCGCUACCUGGUGCUCAACCAGUGCACCUACAUCGUGCUCGACGAGGCCGAUCGCAUGAUAGACAUGGGCUUCGAGCCGGACGUGCAGAAGAUUCUCGAGUACAUGCCGGUGACCAAUCUCAAGCCGGACACCGAGGAGGCCGAGGAUGAGAACAAGCUGAUGGAGAACUUUUACACCAAGAAGAAGUACCGCCAAACGGUGAUGUUUACGGCUACGAUGCCGCCGGCGGUGGAGCGUCUGGCUCGCUCCUAUCUGCGACGUCCGUCGACCGUUUACAUUGGCUCUAUCGGCAAGCCAACGGAGCGCACGGAACAGAUCGUGUACAUGAUGGGCGAGAACGACAAGCGCAAGAAGCUCAUGGAGAUUCUGUCGCGCAAGAUCGAUCCGCCGGUCAUUAUAUUCGUCAACCAGAAGAAGGGCGCCGAUGUGCUGGCCAAGGGCCUGGAGAAGCUCGGCUACAACUCCUGCACGCUGCACGGUGGCAAGGGCCAGGAGCAGCGCGAGUACGCGCUGGCAGCGCUCAAGUCCGGCGCGAAGGAUAUUCUGGUGGCCACCGAUGUGGCUGGACGUGGUAUCGACAUCAAGGACGUCUCGCUGGUCAUCAACUACGACAUGGCCAAGUCCAUUGAGGACUACACGCAUCGCAUUGGUCGUACGGGUCGUGCGGGCAAGACGGGCUGCGCCAUUUCCUUUGUCACCAAGGACGACAGCGGCUUGUUCUACGACCUCAAGCAGUGCGUGACAGCCAGUCCGGUGUCCACUUGCCCACCCGAGCUGACCAAUCACCCAGAGGCGCAGCACAAGCCCGGCACAGUGGUGACCAAAAAGCGCAGAGAGGAGAAAAUAUUUGCCUAGGAAUUUGCGCAGAAUUUAUAAUAAUAAAGCGAGCGACUUGGGGGCCUCAA